UCCUCAGCCUAGUGAAACAGCCCUCGCAGCGAAACAGAGCUCAUAUCAGUACAGAGCAGGAAGCACAGUACUACGCUAGCGAAAUUAUUCUUACCAAACACGUGAACUAAAAGCGAACAAGUUAAUCAAAAGGGAAAACACAACAACUACACAUUUCUUUAUUACAAAUCGGGAUUACUAGAAGAAAAAAAAAAGUUUUAAUUCCUACCGUUACGGGAAUGAAUGAACCACAAGAUCGUUAUUGAAGACUGGGAUCUUUUGCGAAAUUGAAUGCAGCAAAGUCUUGCAGAUCUUUCAGCAUUGGAUUCCUCAGACCAUCCUCCUCAACAAGAGCAGCAGCAAUAUAUUCAGCUGGCUGGUAAUCUCCUCUCACCCGAGACAGAAAGCUGCAGCGCCAGCUGCGUCUCCACCGCCUCUGUUUCUCCAGACAGUCAGAGCACCGGCAGCACAGCACCAUGGCUGCAGCCAAGACAGAGAUGCUCCCCUCAGCCCUGCAGAUCUCAGACCCACUUGGCUUCUCCUACUCUCCCAUGGACAGCUACCCCAAGCUGGAGGAGAUGAUGUUGCUCCACUCAACAGGGACCCCCUUCCUGACUGCCUCUGCACCAGACGGUGUAGGCUUUGGGACCGGGGAGCCUGGAGACUCAUACAACCAUCUGACUGGAGAUACAUUGCAUGAUAUCUCUAUCGGCUGUGAGAAGUCUCUAAUGGAGCAGACCUACUCAACCCCUCGCCUGCCUUCCGUCUCCUACACGGGGAGGUUCACCCUGGAACCUGCAACCAGCUGCAGCAACAGCCUGUGGCCAGAGCCAUUAUAUAGCCUGGUCAGUGGGCUGAUGGGCAUGUCCCAACCACCCACCUCAGCUGCCCCAUGCUCCUCUGCUGCUCCGGUCAGCUCCUCCUCCCACACCAUGAGCUGGCCCAUCCAAGUCGGCGACACCAGCACCACCUACUGCAGCGUCAGCCCUGACCUCUUCCCUGACUCUAACCAGUCCUUUCCCAGCCCCUCAAACAGCUCAGUCCCGUACCCACCACCCGCCUACCCCAGCAGCAAGACAUGCUCUCUGCCCAACAUGUCUCUGCCCAUGAUACCAGACUAUCUAUUUCCUCAGCAGCAGGGUGAGAUCAGCUUGCUGCCCCCUGACCAGAAGACUUUCCAGUGUCAGAGCAUCCAGCAGCAGCUCUCCCUCACGCCCCUGUCCACCAUCAAGGCUUUCGCCACACAGACUGGUUCUCAGGACCUGAAGGGCUCCUACCAGUCUCAGCUGGUGAAGCCCAGCCGCAUGCGCAAGUACCCCAACCGCCAGUGCAAGACUCCGCCUCACGAGCGGCCCUACGCCUGCCCCGUGGAAACAUGCGUCCGCCGAUUCUCCCGUUCAGACGAGCUGACACGCCACAUCCGCAUCCACACGGGCCAGAAGCCCUUCCAGUGCCGCAUCUGCAUGCGCAACUUCAGCCGCAGUGACCACCUGACCACACACAUCCGCACGCACACAGGCGAGAAGCCCUUCCCCUGCGACAUCUGCGGCCGCAAGUUUGCCCGCAGCGAUGAACGAAAACGGCACACCAAGAUCCACUUGAGGCAGAAGGACAAGAAGGUGGAGAAGGCAGGGUCCGCCCCCAUGGCCAUCCCUUCCCCAGUCUCGGGGUACUCCUCCCCCUCCACAUCAUACCCCUCUCCCAGCUCCUCAUACCCCUCCCCAGUGGCGUCCUGCUACUCCUCCCCAGUGCACAGCUCCUAUGGCUCCCCAUCAGUCAAUACCAUGUACUCCUCAGCCUCCAGUACAUUUCAGACGCACGUGUCCACCUCAUACGGUUCCCCCACAAACAUUUACAGCUCCCCUGUGGGCACUCCUCAGUCAGACCUGCAGUCCACCCUCUCUCCAAAGAACAUUGACAUCUACUAAGACUUUCAUAUCUUUACUUAUCAUUUAUUUCUGUUUGAAAAGAACAAGCAAACAUCAUUGUUACCUUUUUGAAUGCACUUUUGCUUCCCCUGUGUCCAUACAGCACUUAAAGAUCAUGAAACAUGACAGAUAGCGACAGAGGAUGGAAAGGGAACAGUUUCUCUCUUCAACCCAACCCCAGUACUUCAACGAGUCUUCUGAUAUGUAGACAGCAAAGGAUAUUAGGCUUUUGGUGGGACUUUUUGAUACUGACAGCCUGAAAUUCAAAAAGACUGAUGAUACGCAGACCGCCCCAUGUAUCAGUGUACCUGUGCCAUAUUUUGUUUUUCAUCCUUUUAGACUUUGUAGAUGAUCGUUCUUUACAUGGUAUCAUGGGAACUUGAUGGCACCAUGUUUCUCUGAAUACGUUUUCUCGUAUGUAGUAACAAUGGUGGAACCACUCUUUAUUGGAGAAGUACUCCAGCAUGUUUACUGUAAGACACAUUUGUUUCUAUUGUUUUGUGUAUUUACCCAUUGGUACUCUCUUCCCUGUUGUUCCUUUUUCAACACGGAUUAAUGAAAAUUAUUUUUCAUUAACAUUUUCGUGCCUUUUUGUGAAGCUCCGCAAACUAAACUCUGUUUGUGAUUGGAUGUGUUGCAUCUGAAGUAGCCUUAGAAUGUGAAGUGUAUUCUUCACGGAUUGUAAGAGAUUUUUAAGGGAUGAUUUGGAGGGAACCGAGGUCAUAGCUUACCCAAGAAUAUAAGCGAAAAAAUAUAUUUUUUUAUAAUUGAAAGCAUAAAUAUGUACAUAUUCAGCAGUCAAAAUGUUGUUACCUACUGAGUAGGCAUGGGAUUUUUGCAUGUUAUUUACAUGCAGUUCAUUAUUUUGUGGUUAUUUGUAAUUGUAAAACCAAGUGACUGUUUUUGGUUUCUAAAGACAUUGAAUGCGCUUAACUGCCAAGGAUAUUUGGUGUACAUGAUAUCCUUUAAGAAAAGGGAUAUUAAUAAAAUAUCAAUAUAUUAUGAUAAAA